AUGUUCACUGCUCACCUUUACUUUUUUUUUUUUUUACUAUUUCCUAUAGGUAUCGGCUCUCCAUUCAAACCAAUAGUGGACAUCAAUUACUGUUACUCGGCUGUUGAGCGGAACAACUUGAUGAGGCUGUCACAGAGUAUUCCUUUUACACCUGUGCCUCCAAAAGGUGAAUUGGUCACGGUGUAUCAAUUAGAAGAGAGCUCCCCAAGCAUAUUGAACAACAGCAUGUCCUCCUGGUCGCAAAGAGGACUAUGUGCCAAAAUUGAGUUUCUGAGUAAAGAAGAAAUGGGUGGAGGUCUGAGACGCGCUGUGAAAGUGGCGUGUACCUGGUCAGAAAAUGAUAUCCUUAAAGCUGGCCACUUUUACAUCAUCAAGUCAUUCCUCCCUGAAGUUGUGAAUACCUGGUAUAGCGUGUACAAAGAAGACACCGUACUACAUCUCUGCCUUAAAGAAAUACAACAGCAGAGGGCGGCACAGAAAAUGACAUUUGCGUUCGAUGCUAUGAAGCCCAAAUCCAUUCCUUAUUCCCCAAGGUUCCUUGAAGUUUUCCUCCUGUAUUGUCAUUCUGCUGGGCAGUGGUUUGCUAUAGAGGAGUGCAUGACUGGGGAGUUUCGGAAAUACAAUAACAACAAUGGAGAUGAGAUUAUACCAUCCAACGUGCUGGAGGAAACCAUGCUGGCUUUCAGCCACUGGACAUACGAAUACACGAGGGGGGAGCUCCUGGUACUGGAUUUGCAAGGUGUUGGAGAAAAUUUAACCGAUCCAUCGGUCAUAAAGUCUGGAGAAAAGAGGUCCUCGGACAUGGUGUUUGGACCAGCGAACCUGGGUGAUGAUGCCAUCAAAAACUUCCGUGCUAGACACCACUGUAAUUCCUGUUGCCGAAAACUUAAACUCCCAGACUUGAAGAGGAAUGACUACACACCUGAUAAAGUGAUAUUUCCUCAAGAGGGUAAUACAGAAUCAUCGUCUGAUCCUGACAAUCCCACCAAAGAAUCCGAUAACUCGAUCCGCUUGAUGUUAUAACCAACCAACCACCGCUUUGGGACUGAAUGAAUCCUGACUAAUGAGAGAAGUUGGGCACGUUAGAAAUACCGCACACAAGUGCAUGCUGCUAGAACAAAUGUAAAUGAUCUGGAAGGCUCCCCACGUGCCACGUAUAAAUAAACACCUGUGGUACUAUACAGUGCAAUGCGUUGAAGUCGUAAUCUGUAAAGACUUGGGAUUUGUUGCCUAAAUGCAAUCUAAAGCAAUUGCAACUUUUAACUGUGCGCAGUGGCUAUCUUUUAUACAUUUCAAUUUUAACUUUAUGAAAGCCAUGAUCAGCAAUGAACUAUUGUAUAGACAAAAGGAAAGCCUUUCUUUUUUUAAUUAUUUUCCUUCAAGUUGCCUUGUAAAGAGAUCAGUAAGUGCUUUUCAUGUAUAUCACAACUGCUUCAGAAGUUAGAUCUUCCAAAGACCUCAAACUGUACUGCUUGUAUAUCAGAUGAGAAUGUACACAAUCUUACAAAUGUUUCAAUGUAUUUAAACGUCUGUACAAAGGUCUCUAUUGUUAAUAUGGUACCUAUUUUAACGAAUGAAAAAGUGGUUGUAAAUUAUGGGAGAUUGCAAUGCAAUUUAGCCAAUGAAUUGUAAUUUAAUCGUCAUUAUGUCAAGAUAAAUUUGUCCGUAAAAAAUCAUUUUUUUAAACUUUUUUUUUUGUUUUUUGUUAGAGGUACUUAAUGCAAGUUUUAAAAUACAGAACAAAUAUAAAAUGUUCUUUACAUUUUUUACUCUGUAGUGUAUCUUAUAGAUACAGUACUCAUAAAGGCACGAACAAAGUAGGCUGUUUAAAUUGUGUGUUAUGUUGCUGGGGAAAAGGUGAAAUAUAAUACUGUAUACAUUUUAUAUAUCAUUUAAAUCUUUAAAAAAUCUAAAAUAAAUUUAUUCUGUGCA